CCCCGGCCGCGGCUGAGCGGGGACAGAGCGGGGUCGCCGCGCCCUUCGAACCCCCCGAGGGCGGCUUCGGCUGGGUGGUGGUCUUCGCCGCCGCCUGGUGCAACGGCUCCAUCUUCGGCAUCCACAACUCCUUCGGGAUCCUCUACAUGAUGCUGCAGAGCGACCUGGGCGAGGGGGAGAAGGAUCCAGCGCUAGAGUUUAAAACAGCGUGGGUCGGCUCCCUGGCCAUGGGAAUGAUUUUUUUCUGCUCUCCCAUCGUCAGCAUCUUCACCGACCGGAUCGGCUGCAGGACCACGGCGGCCAUGGGAGCUACCAUCGCCUUCAUCGGGCUCCUCUCCAGCUCCUUCACCAAGUCCCUGGAAGUCCGUUAUUUCACAUAUGGGAUCCUCUUUGGCUGUGGCAGCUCCUUUGCCUUCCAGCCCUCGCUGGUCAUCCUCGGUCACUACUUCAAGCGCCGCCUGGGCCUGGCCAACGGCAUCGUGGCCGGGGGCAGCUGCCUCAUCUCCGUGCCGCUCCCCUUCUUCCUGAAGAUGGUCGGGGGUGCCAUCGGGCUGGCACACACUUUCCAAGUACUCAGUGCCUUAAUGCUCAUCCAGAUCUUCUUGUCCAUGACUUACCGGCCCAUCCUGACGCCUUCUUGUGACUCUCAGCACGACGGGCACGACAAGAUGGGCAGCCGGAGCAUGAGGCAGCAGUGCUGGGCCCAGACCCGCAAGUAUUUCAACCUGAGGGUUUUCCGGAGAAAGACCUAUCGGAUUUGGGCCUUUGGGAUCGCUACUGCUGUCCUGGGAUACCUCGUACCUUACAUGAACCUGGUCAAAUAUGUGGAGAAGCGAUUUCAGGAAACCAAAAAGGACUGGAUCCUCCUGGUUUGCCUCGGGGCCAUGUCGGGGCUGGGGCGCUUGGUUUCGGGCCGCAUUGGCGACUGCAUUCCCGGGCUGAAGAAGAUUUACCUGCAGGUUGCGUCCUUCAUGCUGUUGGGCCUCCUGUGCAUGAUGAUCCCCCAGUGCCGAGGCUUCGAGGGCGUCAUUGUCAUCUGCCUCUUCCUUGGCCUCUGCGACGGCUUCUUCACCACCAUCAUGGCCCCCAUCGCCUUCGAGCUGGUGGGGCCCAUGCAGGCGUCCCAGGCCAUAGGGUACCUCAUGGGGCUGAUGGCCGUGCCCAUGACUGCGGGCACACCCAUUGCAGGAUACCUCAAUGAUUAUUUUGGGAAUUACGACGCGGCCUUUUACUUUGCGGGGGUGCCGCCCAUCAUCGGCGGCCUGGUGCUCUCCGUGGUGCCGCUGGUCCACCAGAGGAUGCUGAAGAAGCAGCGCCUGGAUUCUGGCAAAGACAAGAUGCUGGUGUCGGAGGCGGUGGUGAACGGGGAGCUGCUGCCUGGCUGCCCGGCCUCCGAAGCACACAUGUGACGCCGCUCCCGGCUCUCCCAGGACACCAGCAGCCUCUCAUAGCCCCAGCACAGGCCCUUUCCCAGACGGACCGAAAUUCCCAGUGAUUGCAGAUGCACUAUGUUUGUAAAGGAGAAAACACAAACAUUUCUUCUAGUUAAAGGCUUUUAACUAGCAGAAAUGCUUUUUUUUUUUUUUUUUGGACAGUUUUGAU